AUGCAUAGAAUAAUAUCCACGCCGGCGUCUAAAUUCCGCCAAUUCCGGCGACUCCGCUCCGGACAUACUACCAUAACCGCGGCGAGCGACGAGGAACAAGCUUCACAUAUCUUAUUAUGGCGGUACCAGAUCUUGGAUCCAGACAGCGACUUUGUUGCCUAUUGGAACAGGGUUUUCCUCGUCACCAGUCUUCUCGCGCUUUUCAUCGAUCCUCUUUACUUCUUCCUCCCCACCGUUGGUGGUCCUGCUUGCUUGACGGCGGACCCCAAACUCAGCAUCUUCCUCACUGUUCUACGUUCGUUUGCUGAUCUAUUCUAUAUUCUCCACAUGGUUAUGAAGUUCCGUACUGCAUUUGUUGCUCCUAAUUCGAGAAUUGUUGGCCGCGGUGAUCUUGUUAUGGAUCCUAGACAAAUUGCAAUGCGGUAUUUGAAGUCUGAUUUUGUUAUUGACCUUGCUGCCACCAUUCCAUUACCUCAGAUUGUUGUUUGGUUAGUGAUUCCAGCUCAUACGGGAAGAAAAACUGAUCAUGCCAACAACACUCUUGCACUUUUUGUUCUUAUUCAGUACGUUCCUAGGCUCUUUCUCAUCUUUCCUUUGAACCAGCGUAUUCAAAAAACAACAGGUGUUAUAGCCAAGACUCCCUGGGUUGGUGCUGCAUACAAUCUUGUUCUCUACAUGCUAGCUAGCCACGUUACAGGAGCAACUUGGUACCUAUCAUCAAUAGGAAGGCAAUUCAAUUGCUGGAAAACGCAAUGUGAACUGGAAAACCGGUCACAUUCCCUUUCUUGCUUGCCAAGUUUUCUUGACUGUAAUAGUUUGGAUCUCCCGGAAAGACAGUACUGGCUAAAUAUCACUCGUGUUAUUACCAAGUGUGAUGCAAAGACCAAGAUCAACAUCAAAUACAAGUUUGGGAUGUUUGCAGAUGCUUUCCUCAAUGAUGUUGUCACUACUAGUUUUAAGGAAAGAUAUUUCUAUUGUCUUUGGUGGGGUUUAAGAAAUUUAAGUUCUUAUGGACAAAAUUUGGACACCACCACAUACCUUUUAGAGACACUAUUUUGCAUCGUCUUAUGCAUUGCUGGAUUGGUACUCUUCUCACUUUUGAUUGGAAACAUGCAGACAUACUUGCAAUCAAUGACUGUUAGAUUAGACGAAUGGAGGAUUCGGAAAAGGGAUACAGAGGAAUGGAUGAGGCACCGGCAGCUACCUCAAAAUUUGCAGGAACGCGUUCGUCGCUUCGUUCAGUAUAAAUGGUUAGCUACAAGAGGAGUAGAUGAAGAGGCCAUACUGCUUUCCUUACCUUUGGAUCUCCGCCGAGAAAUCCAACAUCACUUGUGUCUCUCUCUAGUGCGACGAGUGCCAUUCUUCUCACAAAUGGAUGAUCAACUACUUGAUGCAAUCUGCGAACGCCUUGUAUCAUCAUUAAGCACACAAGGGACAUAUAUAUUUCAAGAGGAUGAUCCGGUAGAUGAAAUGUUGUUUAUCAUUAGAGGGACAUUAGAGAGUUCAACAACCAAUGGAGGAAGGUACGGGUUCUUCAAUUCAAUCACACUAAGGCCAGGAGACUUUUGCGGAGAAGAAUUGUUAACAUGGGCUUUAUUACCAACCUCAACUCUCAAUUUACCUGCUUCUACUCGUACUGUAAAAGCUAUUACCGAAGUAGAAGCUUUUGCGCUAAAAGCAGAGGAUCUAAAAUUCGUGGCAAGUCAGUUCAAACGUCUUCACAGCAAGAAACUUCAGCAUGCAUUUAGGUAUUAUUCGCAGCAAUGGAGAACAUGGAGUUCUUGUUUCAUACAAGCAGCAUGGAGAAAGCAUCAGAAAAGAAAGGCAACAAGAGAGUUGUCGAUUAAGGAAGGCAUUUACUACAUGGCGGAUCCUGCGAUUGAGGAAUCGUCAGAGCAUGGCAGAAAUUUUAAUAAUCUUGGUGCUACUGUUUUGGCUUCAAGAUUUGCUGCAAAUACGAAGAAAGGGAAUAGUAAGAUUCAAGAUAGUGAUCCUGUGCCGCAGUUGUUUAAACCUCAUGAACCUGAUUUCUCUCGAGAUCAUGUUUAG